AUGGCGAUGAACCAAGCAGAAGCUGAACACAUCACAACAGGGCUGAGUAGCGUCCAACUCUUUCUCGCAUACAUCGUCACCACGGUCCUUCUGUUUAUAUUCGCGUUGGCCUUUGGGACCCAAAUUGUUCCCCCUGUUAUUCUUAUGCCUCUACGCUUAAGGACCAACAUCCGUUUCGUGAGAACGUUAAGUCUAUAUGGUGCUAUUUGUCACGGUUCUGAGAUAACAUCUUUGUUGACUUAUGAAGUCAUAUAUACAUACAUCAUAUCAUAUACAUAUCAGUAUCAGAACUUGUAUGGCGCCUCUCUCGAAAAGACCUCAGAAGAGGUGUAUGCUUAG